AUGAGACCGCACGCGCUGUUAUUUAUCUGCGCGCUCUGCUUUCCUUCGGUGCUCGGACAUGUCAGCUAUUCUAUUCCCGAGGAGAUGACCAAAGGAUCGUUCAUCGGCAACAUAGCUCAGGAUUUGGGACUGGACAUCAAACGCUUACAGUCUGGUAAAGCUCGCAUCCACACGGGGGGCAGCGCUAAUUACGUCCAGCUCGUCAAGGAAAAAGGAGUGCUGGUUAUAAACGAGCGAAUAGAUCGCGAAGCUAUAUGUGGCCAGACAACGCCUUGUGCACUGCAUUUUCAAAUCGCAUUAGAACAGCCGAUUGAAAUAUUUCCCGUGACUGUUGAGAUCACGGACAUAAACGACAAUGACCCCGUCUUUGAAAAGGAAGGUAGGGUGUUGGAGAUAAGCGAGACUGCUGUUGUUGGUUCUAAAUUCAUGUUAGAGAAAGCAAUAGACCCUGAUAUAGGUUUGAAUGGGCUUCAAAGCUACACACUUAAACCGACUGAUCAUUUUAUUCUCAAAUUACACAGACAGUCCGAUGGCGGUAAAAAGGUGGAAAUGGUAUUACAAAAGCCCUUGGACAGAGAAAGACAGGAAUUUGUAACAUUGCUCUUAACGGCACAAGAUGGAGGCGAACCACAGAGGUCAGGUACAAUGCAGAUUCAAAUCAAAGUGUUAGACGCUAAUGAUAAUGCUCCUGUUUUUACACAAAGUCUUUACAAAGCAAGCCUGAAUGAAAACUCCGCCUCAGGGACUCUCAUUACUCAAGUGAGUGCAUCUGAUGCAGACAAAGGGUCAAAUGGAGAAGUGAAUUAUGUCAUUGGAAACAGCAUGAGGAGCAUUUCCAAACUAUUUGACAUAACUCAAGAUGGAAAUUUUCUAUUGAAAGGUCCUAUAGAUUAUGAAAAGGCCCAAAAAUAUGAGAUUGAUAUAGAGGCAAUUGAUCGAGGUGGUCUCUCUGAUUCAAGCAAGGUGAUUAUUGAAGUGGGCGAUGUAAAUGACAAUACUCCCCUCAUUCAACUUAUUUCAUCAUCUACUUCAGUGGAGGAGGAUUUACCUGCCAAUACAGUGAUAGCAGUGAUGAGUGUAAAUGAUCCAGAUUCUGAAGAGAAUGGUAGGGUAAAUUGUGUUAUUAAUGAUAAUAUACCUUUCAAAGUCACAUCCAGAAGUACUUUUUACAGUGUUGUUACAGACGGGGACUUAGACAGAGAAAGGUCGUCUAACUAUAAUAUCACAGUGACAUGUUCUGAUGAGGGUGUGCCUUCCCUUUCCAGCAGCAUCACUCUCACUUUACACAUCUCGGAUGUGAAUGACAACAUGCCUGGCUUUGAGAGGAGCUCAUAUGAGGCUAACAUUGUUGAAAACAACACACCUGGUCUCUCUAUAAUGACUGUAAAAGCCAGUGAUGCUGACUGGAACCAGAAUGCUCGCAUUUCCUACAUAUUGGAGGACUCCUCUGUUAAUGGCGUGCCAGUCUCCUCAUAUGUGUCUGUUAGUGCUGAGAGUGGAGUCAUCCAUGCAGUUCGUUCUUUUGACUAUGAGCAACUCAAAGAAUUCCACUUCCGCGUCAGAGCUCAGGAUGGCGGCUCCCCUCCUCUGAGCAGCAAUGUGAGCGUGACCAUCCUGAUCCAGGAUGCCAACGACAAUGGCCCUCAGGUCCUCUACCCAGUCCAGACAGGCGGCUCUUUGCUGGCUGAAAUGGUUCCUCGCUCGGCAGACGUGGGCUACCUUGUGACUAAAGUGGUGGCUGUGGAUGUAGACUCUGGACAGAAUGCCUGGCUCUCAUAUAAAGUGCACAAGGCCUCAGAAAGGGCGUUGUUUGAAGUGGGCCUCCACAAUGGAGAAGUAAGAACUGUCCGCCAAGUGACUGAUAAAGAUGCUCUCAAACAACGACUGACUGUUGUAGUAGAGGACAAUGGGCAGCCCUCUCGUUCAGCUACAGUCAUUGUUAAUGUUGCAGUUGCAGAUAGCUUCCCUGAAGUGUUGUCAGAGUUCACUGACUUUAGCAUGCACGACAAGGAGUACAAUGACAAGAUGACUUUUUACCUAGUCUUGGCUUUGGCCGUGGUCUCCUUCCUCUUCAUUGUCUGCUUGCUACUUAUCAUAUCAGUCAAAGUGUACAGGUGGAGACAGUCUCGUAUCAUGUACCACUCCAACCUGCCCGUCAUACCUUAUUAUCCGCCACGCUAUUCGGAUACUUUGGGGACAGGGACUCUCCCGCACGCUUACAACUAUGAGGUGUGCAGGACGACUGAUUCCAGGAAAAGUGACUGUAAAUUGGACAGGGCUGCAAGUCAGAAUGUUCUGGUGAUGGAUCCAAGUUCUACAGGGACCAUGCAGAAGAUUUAUAGGGAAAAGAAUAUCCUGGAUGAACCGGACUCUCCUUUUGAGUGCCGCUGUCGGCCAAUGUCGCUGUUUUUCUGCCUGUAUGUCGCAGAUAUGGCAGCCACACAUGUGCGUUAUUCCAUCCCCGAGGAGAUGGCUAUAGGAUCCAUUGUUGGGAAUAUCGUACAGGAUCUCGGUUUGGAUGCCAAGAGAGUAAAAUCCGGCAGAGCAAGAAUAUUUACCGAGGACAGCAGUGAGUACAUUACUCUUAAUGUGGAGAGAGGAACGCUCGAAAUCAAGCAGAGAAUAGACAGAGAGGAAAGGUGCGGCCAAGUGUCUCCUUGCUCUCUGCAUUUCCAAAUCAUCCUAAAUAACCCCAUGGAGCUCCAUCAUGUCGAUGUCGAAAUUCUUGACAUAAAUGAUAACGCACCUGUAUUUGCAAAGAGGGAAAUGCAUUUUGAAAUUAGUGAAUCGGCAGUAAAGGGGGCUCGCUUUCCACUCGACAGCGCCAAAGAUCUAGACGUAGGUUCGAAUACACUGCAUUCGUAUAAACUUAGUCCAAUAGAUCAUUUUAAAUUAAAUAUACUGUCUCGCCCUGAUGGCACCAAAUAUGCUGAAAUGAUACUUGAUUCUUUGCUAGACAGAGAAAUUCAGGAGGAACACAAGCUGACUCUCACUGCCUAUGAUGGCGGCGACCCUCCCAAAUCAAACUCUAUAAAAAUAAACGUCAUUGUAGUGGAUGCAAAUGACAAUGCACCAGUUUUCAAACAGUCCGGUUACACAGUAACCAUAGCUGAAAACGCACCAGGGGGAACGAAUAUUUUACAAGUUAGUGCAACGGAUGCAGAUAAAGGAGCAAAUGGUGAGGUUUUGUAUUCAUUCUCGCAGAACAGCGACGUGGCCUCUUCUGUGUUUAGUAUUAAUGCAAAUACAGGUGAAAUCUCCGUAAUGGGUGAGCUCAAUUAUGAAAAAGUCAAACAGUAUGAAAUAGACGUGGAUGCUACAGAUAAAGGAGGAUUGAGGGACACGUGUAAGGUGUUGGUCGAAGUGCUUGAUUUAAAUGACAAUGCGCCUGUCAUAAGCAUUCUUUCACUGUCCAAUCCAAUAUUGGAGGAUUCGCCCCUUGAAACAACAAUAGCCAUGCUGAAUAUUAAAGACUUAGACUCUGGUAAGAAUGGUGAAGUCAAGUGUUUCAUUAGCCUGGAUUUGCCCUUCAAAAUAAAAUCUUCAUCGCACAAUUUCUACAGUUUGGUUUCCGAUGACGUUUUAGACCGAGAAACAGUGCCGGAAUAUAACAUAACAAUAACAGCAAUAGAUGAGGGCACUCCACCUCGCUCUACUAAUAAGACCAUUCAUUUGAAAUUAUCAGACGUAAAUGACCACGCUCCCAUGUUUACACACACGUCGUAUUCUACCUCUGCUACUGAAAAUAACUCCCCUGGUGUGUCACUUCUUACCGUCCAAGCCAGCGAUGAAGACGCAGGAAACAAUGCGCGUGUUUCCUAUUUUCUUGAAGAUGUCAAGCUUAACGGGAUGUCAGCUUCUGCCUAUUUUACGGUGAAUGCAGAAAGUGGGGAGAUACUUGCCGUACGUUCUUUCGACUAUGAGCAAACUAGAGAGUUCCACAUCCGCGUCAGAGCUCAGGAUGGAGGCUCCCCUCCACUGAGCAGCAACGUGAGUGUGGCCAUCUUGAUCCAAGACGCUAAUGACAACGGGCCUCAGGUCCUAUACCCAGUCCAGACAGGAGGCUCAGUGCUGGCUGAAAUGGUACCUCGUUCGGCAGACGUGGGCUACCUUGUGACUAAAGUGGUCGCUGUGGACGUGGACUCUGGACAGAACGCAUGGCUCUCGUAUAAAGUGCAGAAACCCACAGACAGGGCGCUGUUUGAAGUGGGCCUCCACAAUGGAGAAAUAAGAACUGUCCGCCAAGUGACUGAUAAAGAUGCUGUCAAACAACGACUGAUUGUUGUAGUGGAGGACAAUGGACAACCGUCCCGCUCAGCAACAGUCAUUGUUAAUGUGUUGGUGGCAGACAGCUUCCCUGAAGUGCUGUCAGAGUUCACAGACUUUAGCACGCAUGACAAGGAGUACAAUGACAAGCUGACUUUUUACUUAGUCUUGGCCUUGGCUGUGGUCUCCUUCCUCUUCAUCACCUGCUUGCUGCUUAUUAUAUCAGUCAAAGUAUACAGAUGGCGUCAAGAACGCCUGUUUUUUAAAUCAAAUGGAAAACUCCCGGUUAUUCCUUAUUACCCGCCACUUUACGCUGACGUAGACGGCACUGGUACGCUGAAGCCGGCGUUCAGCUAUGACGUGUGCGGAACUACUGAUUCCAGGAAGAGUGACUUGAUGUUUUCACGACAAUUCAGCCAGAACACUUUGAAUGGUGAACAUAGUAGGACAAUACCAAGGCCUAAAACAGACUCUGAAACUUUGGUGGCUGAGAUGCAGCAGUUGGCCGCCUGUGUGGCGCUGUCCACUCACGUGGUGCUGAAAGCAGCUCCCUGGCUCUCUCACCCACCCUCUCUGCUCUCUCCAUCUCCUUCUGUCGCCCACAUCCCAGCACAAAGUGACGCCGGUAUCAUGCACCUUAAAAAAAAUACGAUUCUGGAUUGGGCUGAGUGGAUUUAUUAUUUGAUCAUGGGGCAAAAAUUGCCCAUAUGGCAGUUGCUGUGGUGGUGCCAUCAUUUCGCCUUGUUGUGGAGUACAAUAGAAGGGCAGACCCGCUACAGCAUCCCGGAGGAGCUCAAACGGGGCUCAGUAGUGGGAAAUCUUGCUAAGGAUUUGGAUUUGGUCGUUUCUGAACUGCAUCGACGUAAACUGCGGAUAACGUCGGAGGCUGGUAAGCAGUAUUUCAGUGUGGACCUCGGGAAGGGAGACCUGCUGGUGACUGAUCGAAUUGACAGAGAGGAGCUGUGCGGACAAAGAAACGCGUGUUUAUUGCCCCUAGAGCUGGUUAUAGACACCCCCUUGCAGUUACACAGGGUUGAGAUUGAAAUAUUGGACACUAAUGAUAACUCUCCUAGUUUUCUUACGAAAGAAAAAAUAUUAAAAAUAGCAGAACUCGUCAAUCCGGGUGCGCGGUUUCCUUUGGAAAGUGCACAAGACCCUGAUGUCGGCCCCAAUUCUGUUCGUUCCUAUUUUAUCAGCAAAAAUGAUAAUUUUAAAUUAGCUGUCAAAACGCACAAAGAUGGGAGAAAAAUCCCCGAGCUUGUGCUCGAAAAGCCCCUCGAUCGUGAAAAGUUUCCUGUCCACCAUCUCAUCCUCACAGCUGUGGAUGGUGGGGACCCGGUCCGCUCGGGGACGUCUGAAAUUACUAUAACAGUGCUUGACAAUAACGACAACGCACCCCAAUUUGAGAGGCAGCUUUAUGAAGCAAAUGUCAGCGAAAAGGCGACUCCAGGCUCGCAUAUAUUACACGUGAAAGCGAAUGAUGCAGAUGAAGGCCCAAACGGUGAAAUUGAAUAUAGUUUUGCAGAGCAAACGAAUGAAGACAUUUUAUCAUUAUUUAGUAUUGAAGCUGCAAGUGGAGCUAUUAUAGUUAACGGAGAAUUAGACCACGAAACGAAUUCUUUGCACAGGUUCGACAUUACUGCAAAAGAUAAAGGCAAUCCUAAAAUGGAGGGACACAGUGGCGUCGAAAUAAAAAUAAUUGAUGUUAAUGACAACGCUCCCGAGAUAAUUGUGACGUCUCUAACCACCCCAGUGCCUGAGGAUUCCCCCAUAGGAACAGUUGUUGCGCUCAUAAGUACAAGGGACCCUGAUUCAAAAGAUAACGGCAAAGUUACAUUGCGUCUGUCCUCUGAAAAUCAUUUUAAAUUAAAUCCGUCAGUUUCUAACCACUACUCGUUAGUGACAAACGGGCCGCUUGAUAGGGAAAUAAAUGACCAUUAUAAUGUUGAAAUAACAGCCAUUGAUGGUGGGAAACCUCCACAAUCGAGUACAAAAAUACUUGUAGUUAAGCUUUUAGAUGUAAAUGACAACCCGCCGGUUUUCUCCAAGCCUCAUUACACUAUUUAUGCAAACGAAAAUAGUGCACCAGGUCUUAUUUUAUGUUCAGUGUCUGCAAGCGACGUGGACGCGGGGUUAAACGCCAAAGUGUCCUACUCGAUCUCGGAGUCUAAAGCGCACGACGUUUCCGUGUCGUCAUUCGUCUACGUGAACGCUGACAACGGCAGUAUUUAUAGCAUGCUCUCGUUUGACUACGAGAAAGUCAAAAGAUUUGAUGUUCUGGUGGAGGCAAAGGAUCAGGGCUCACCUUCUCUCAGCAGCAACGCUACCGUGCAUGUUUUCAUCCUGGACCAGAACGAUAACGCCCCCGCCGUCAUCUACCCCUCCCCUCACGCCGCCUCCCACCUUAGACUUCCCCGCUCGGCCAAGGCGGGACACCUGCUUACCAAGGUGACAGCCGUGGACGCAGACUCGGGGAAUAAUGCGUGGAUUUCGUACAAAGUAGUGGAAGCUACGGACUCCUCCCUUUUCGCGCUAACUUUGUACACGGGGGAGGUGAGGACUAAACGCGCAAUAUCCGAGCAAGACGACUCCUCUCAGAGGCUGAUCGUUGAAGUCAAGGAUGACGGGGAACCGGUGCGCUCGACCACUGUCACGCUGUCCGUCCUGCUGGAGGAUGGCGUGAGCGAUUCUGUGUUGGAGCUGAGACACAAGACCUCAUCCGAGCCCAACAAGAAAGGUGGCAGGAUCACGCUUUACUUGAUUGUGUCACUAGCUUUGGUAUCCUUGCUGUCUCUUCUCACCUUGCUAGUCUUGGCGGUGAAAUGCAUGAGAAGUAGCACAAGUGGUGCUAGUUGCUGCUUGAGACGGACACACUGUGAUGAGGACAAGAAGCCCAACAGAAAUCUGCACAUUCAGCUCAACACCGAUGGACCUAUCAAAUAUGUGGAGGUUCUGGGAGGAGACGUCAUGUCUCAGAGUCACUCCUUCAGGUCCUGCAUGUCUCCUAUGUCAGAGUAUAGUGAUUUCACUCUGGUCAAACCCAGCAGCACCACUGACUUUAAGGAGGUCAUCAGCGUCUUGGAUGCCUCCUUACCUGACAGCACAUGGACCUUUGAGAGCCAGCAGGUGAGCAUUACUUUGGUUUUAAGACAUAAUGUCUAG